AUGACCCAAUCAACACAAAAGACUAUUGGAAGCAUUCAAACAAUCAUUCUCUAUCGAAAAAGGCCUUGUAGAGAACAAAAUUUUAGCAAAUGGAAAAAACAAAAACGCAGCUUUUCUCCUUGCCUAGGAUUUUCUGUUGUUGGAGGUGUGGAUUCGCCUAGAGGGCCGAUGGGGAUUUUUGUUAAGACAAUAUUUCCUAAUGGAUUAGCUGCGAGAAGUGGACUUUUGAGGACGGGUGAUGAACUUCUCAGUGUUUGCGGUAUUCCUCUACAAGGAAUGACUCAAGCAGAAUCUCUGCAAGUUUUUCACAACACCACAAAGUGUACAGAAGUUAUAUUAUGCAUAAGAAGAUCAUACCUCCCUUUCAAUAAAUUUAACAAAUUUAACAACACAAAAUUUGUUAAUGACUUAACAAAAUUUAAUCAGGCAUUUUUGGCGGAUAAUAAUAUAGAGGGAGUGGAUUUGAGAGAAGGGAGAGGUUCUUUAAAACGACAAAUAUCAACUAGUGCUAGGAGCGAUAAAGUAAGAGGCUUCUCCCUUAUAAUAGCCUACAAUUAG